UUUAAAUUCAAAAGAUAGUAAAACUUCAAACACUUAUUUUAACUUUUCUUGUAAUUCCUUGAAUUGUUUACUUAAAAUGGCUCUAUCAACUCAUAUAAAGGAUCAGCCGUGGUAUUUACAAAUAACUAAAGAAAUAAAUGAAUUGCGCGAUGUACUUGACGAUAAGAUUAAUAAGCAACGAGAACAAAUAAAGGCAUGCAAAAAGAAAAAUGAGCUAGACAGUAAAUUUGCAUUAGAGCUGAAAUUAAAUUCUGACCUGACACAACAGUUAGCUGAGUUGAACCGUCGCGGGACUGAGCUGGAUAGAGUCUGUGGGAAUUUAGAAUCUCUUACUAUUGCAGAAGGAGAUAAAAACAGACUGGAUAACGACAAAGAGACAUUCCAAGUGGCUAAGGAACUGACGGGGAUCAGAUUUGAUUUCUCAGCAUCACCAAAUGUUGCCAAAGGCUAUAUAAAGAAUGAAUCUCGAAGACUUCUGCAGCCUUUUGAAAUAGAAAAUGGUGAUAGUGAAGCUCUGUGGUCUCUGAUACAGACCACAUCAACACAGGACUGGCCAACAGACAAAGAGAACUUAGUGCCUAAUAAAUAAGAAAAUAACAAAGUUUUUGACAUUUACAUACAGUGACAUAAGUGAUUUUAUAUACGGAAGUCGAAAAAUGUGGACUACUAGCUUUUGUAAGCAAUUUUUUCAGUAGAAUUAUAAAGAAAAUUGGUGAAAGUAUUUCAUGUGUUACAUGAGACUAUGUUCUAUAUCUGUGCUAAAUUUUAAUAAGAUGUGUUGAGCCAUUGCGGAGUUAUCUAUUUAAUAUGUAAAUCAUAUGUAUCCCUCGGGAACUGGACACAUUUCCGGAAUCACAGGUAUCCUAUUUGUUCUCCCAGACUAUGUUCUAUAUGUAUGACAAAUUUCAUUGAGAUCCAAAGAGAGAAUGUAUGGAUAGAGAGUUGUAUGAAAAUUAAUUGACAUUUCAACUUGUAAAAUGCAACUUUAAUUCAAAAAUCUCUACAAAAACAUUGUCUGUCUCUAUUAUUUUAAAG